GUCCUAAUCGUUUGUUUUUUUUUUUUUUUUUUUUUUUCCAUCGGAAUUAAAAGCGUUCUUAUAGAUGUGUGACAUAAAUCAUCUGUAUAUAUAUAUAUAUAUAUGUACUUUAUCUUAACGUUGCCUCGUCGCUACCUCUACCGUCGAAAAGUCAAAUUAACGUAUGUCAAAGCUUCAGAGUACAGACUCGUUGAGUACUCGUACGAGCGAACGUUAGGGAGAGAGAGAGAGAAAGACGCACACAUUGCGGUUUGACAAGCGAUAGAGAAUGUUGUAUUUCGCGAGAUCACGAGAAAAUAAUGCUGGUAUUGGUUCAGCAGCGCCUCUGAUACGAUCGAUCUACAUUCCGACAAGAUCCUCGGCAAAGUAGAACAAUGAUUAGCGGCAUACACGUCGCCUUAAAAAAUGCUAUAGACGUGGUGAGUGAUAAUUGAUAAUUGUCAUAAUCGUUUCCUUCUUAUUUCUUUUCUUUUCUCUUCUUUUAUUUCUCUCGCUAUGUGACCAUGUCCUUUGCGUUAUCUCCAAAUUUUUUUAACGAUACGACAAAAUGUCUUUACGUUCGUUUGCAAAAGAAAAAUAUUGAAAAUGUUUCCAGCUUCACAAUAUUAUUCAUCGAUCGUCCCUUCAUAGUUGUGUCGCGCAUACGCUCUUCAAGGUCUCUUUUCUCUCUUUCUCUCUGCCGGCCUCUGAUUGUAUUCCCUAUUGCCGCACGUGUCAUAUUUAUUUCCCUUUAUACGUCUUUUUUUCUUUCUUUCUUUCUUUUUUUUUUCUUUUUUUCUUUUUUCCUAAGAAAUAAAAUUAUAAACUUUUCAUUUUAAUUUAUCGUUUAAUAAAUUUUAAAUAAGAAUUUAAUAAUUUUUAUUAAAGAUAUUGAUCUAUAAAUAUCUUAUUUGUAUCGAUUGAUAGUAACGUAAUACCGUAAUGCGACAUUGAAAUUGUAGAUUCCUCUUUUCUCGUUAUGUAAUUUAAUACUUAUGUAUAUCUUCUUGAACUAUGUAUAUAUAUAUAUAUAUAUACAUAGUAUGCGUAUAACAUCUAGUUUCGUAUGUGUACAUAUAUAUAUAUAUAUAUGGCUCAUGUUUCACACUAUUAAACUUUCAAUCACGUCUGAUUUUAAGAUAGCACCACCGGCCACGCCGCUACAAGACUUCACAUACCACUGGAAACAACUUAUGAACUUUUAUAUAAAUCAUUUGAACGAUUGUAAAGUUCCGAUACAAACAACCAGUAUACCCAGGCAUCUCGAUAGAUUACUUGAGCUUUUAUUGGAAGAGGAAAAAGAUGGAAAUGAUCCUGGGCCAUGUUUGGAAUACUUAUUGCAGCACAAACUUUUGGAUCUGUUAGCUUCAUUGGCAACAGCCGAGACACCACCUGGUAUGAGAGUGGUCUGUCUUUCAUUUUUAAGAAAAUUACUUGGUCGAUCAAAAUAUCCUUUGUUACAUCACACCUCAAUCUAUGCACCUAUACAACGUCUAAUCGUAAUCUGCAAUGGAAACACGCCGUCUCCAAUUGAAACCGAAGAGAUUCAAUUUCUCUUAACGCUCUGUUUCUUAGUUUGCAAGUAUCCGCACGUGACGAAUAUAAUAAAUGACGUACCAAUGUUACAAAAGCCAAAUGGCUCGAAUCGUUCAAAUUCAGAAAGAUUGGAAGUCGAGAAAGUUACUUACGUUCCAAAUAGAAAAAAGAAUAAUUCUAAUCCUUUGUUCGAACCAUUGAAUACACAGGCGAUUGCUUUGGUAAAUCCGAAUCUAUUGAAUCCUGAAAACAACAGACGAAAGUCUUUAUGUUCUAAUAUAAGUUGUAUCAAGAUUGACCUACCACCUAACACUUCCACACGUUCGAACGCAUCUACUUCUUCCAAAGAUACGGAGAAUAUAUCCCAAUCCUCGAGUCCGCUCACACAAAAUGUCUGUUGUAAUUCGACUUUGACUAUGAACCUACCGGAUGAUAAACAAAACAAUUCAAAUAUUACGGAUAAGCUUUGCGAUGAACUUGACAAUCCCGUAACCGAAAUAGAAACGUGUUUACAAAGUAUGAAAGAUUUGAGACUUACCGAGGAUUGCAAUACCUGUGACAAGACAAAUAAUCCAAUAGAAAAUAAUUGCGGACGAAGUCUUUUGAUACCAUCGCGAAUACCAGCGAAAUCAAAAUGCCUUUUAUUGGAAGCCCUUAUGAGCUACGUAAACAGUGCUGACAACACGGUUAGAGUGAGAGCCUGCGAAGGUAUAAUGGUCUUAGCUUCGCUCGAAGAUAUCACCUUUGCUCAAAUGGUAGCACAAAGCGAUUUAUCGACGAUCAUAACUAGCCGUUUAGAGAAUCUUUUUAAUGCUGUACCAGCUCACGUAGAUCCAAAUGAGAUCGAUGUUGUCGACGUGACGUGGGGUUUGGAUUCACCUUUAUGGACAAAAGAAAAAAAGUUUCCUGGUUGUCGACAGGUCGCAGCUUUUUAUAUGUGGUUUGAUUAUUGUAAUCAGCUUAUAAGAGAAGCAUCUACGGAUGUAGCUGAUGUAUUGGCGAAGCACAUUAGAAUAAAUUUCUUCGAAAAAAUAGUUACGCCUGCUUUAGCCGAUCAUCAAGUUAUUCUCGUAACUGCGUUGAUUACUAAAUGCUUGAAAGAGCUUGCAUCCUCUACAUUGUUUACAGAGGUGAGCUAUUGGCUUGUCGGACACAAUAGGCAUCCAGAAAUUCCAAACGUUUGUACCUCACCAGUUUUGUAUAGAUUAAUAAAUAAUUGUUACACGGAUAGCGACGAACUGACGGUAGAAACGUUGAAAUUAUUCGAAGAAGUUAUAGAUAAAAGAAACGAACAUACCCUUCAUUGUCUUGCAUUGAUGUAUUUGACUAGUCGAGGAUAUUACGAUAAUACGGCCGCGGACAGUGCCAUUACAUCCUGGAGCGAUGAAGAAGAUGAAAGAGAAAGAGAAAAGAAAAGUACAUUAGAUCUUUCUUAUGAACAAAGUCACAGUAGAACUUUGGCUCCGAGUAAUAUUCAUAGGAUUGUCAAUUGCUUCUUAUCGCUGGUACCACGCUAUCUUCAAACCGAUCCUGAUAUCAAUAGUUACGAAAGAUGCAUGGUUGUUCUGGAAAAACAGUAUUCUACUGUAUUAAGGGAUUGUUUUUUAAUGGCAUGGCCUUUGGAAGCAGUAACGCAUGACGACUCUGCUAGUUCUGAUUCCAGACCAGAAGCUGAUCAUGGUGCUACACGGUUUUACAUGGGACCUUUUUUAACUAUGCUCUUCGAUAAAGUUUGCAAUAUGUCUAAGCAAAGAUAUGAAAUUAACUUGCAACUUACGGUUGUAAUCUCUAGAUUAACACUCUUACCGCAUCCAUACUUGCAUGAAUUUUUAUUAAAUCCUCUUCUACCGCUAGUGCCUGGCACAAAAAGUCUAUUUACUUGUCUCCAGAAAGUAAUCAAGCAGCUAGUUAAUGAAAUACCAAAGACCGCAGAAUCUAAACAAAAAUUAAAAGAAACAAGAGAGAGAUUAUUAGAUGACUGUAUCCACGAUGUGGAGAAGGAAAAUACAUUGCUCGAAAGUGUUGUAGUUACAGAAGAAUUUUGUAAGGGACUUGCCGCAAUAGCAUAUGUCAAAUAUCAUCAUUCUAUGUGAUACCUAAUAUAAAAUGAACAAAUUUUAGUCGUUAAUGUUUUACUAAUGGAUGUAUUAUUGUUGUUGUAUUAUUUUAAUUAUGCUCAGAUAAAAUAUCAUUUCUGAGAUCAA